AUGGCUGAAGAAUUCCCCUCGAUGUCUUUGAACGCGGACCAUCUUGAUGAAGAUCGGCUUCAUUACUCGCAUUCACCAAAAAUCGCAACGAAAGACAACGUAAUCGUUGAUGCGACUUUGUUCGGACUAGCCAGUUCAUUCCCCACUUCGCCAUCUGAGCGUCGUCGUUCAUCGUCAAGUUCCGGAUCAGACGGUGUCGACAUCGACGACUUUCAGACCAGCCUUGCACAGUUUGGUUCAUUGCCAACUGGCAGUCUGGUCGAGGCGAGCAAUUGGUAUCAGGAACCUUUCAACCGGCGGCCGAGCCGCAUCCAGAAGCAGUCUCUACUAUCCGCACACGGCGCACCAACGUAUGGAACUCUCGUCAAUGAUGAUUUCGAAUGCGGCACCGCCAGUGCCAGUGCCAGAGCAGAUAUAGAGGACUCUAAGUUCGUCUCGAUAAGCCCCCAGCGCUUUUGGUGGGUCUUUACGGUCAUCUUGCUGGGCUACUUCAUCGCCUGUUUCGACUCGACUUUGAUGGCAUCCAGCCACCCUGUCAUUACCUCUUACUUUGGAGCGUCACAAUAUGCAUCGUGGUUGAGCACUGUCUUCCUCAUCACCAGUACGGCUUUUCAACCUUUGUUUGGACGCUUGUCAGACACGAUUGGAAGAAAGCCAGUCCUCUUGCUUGUGUUGGCAAUUUUCGGAUUGACCACGCUGUGGUGCGCCCUGGCAGGAAGUAUCGAGAGCUUCAUAGCAGCCCGAGCGGCGUGCGGACUAGGUGCUGGCGGUACCAUGUCUGUGGGUCUGAUUAUCGUCAGUGACCUUGUCCGCAUUGAAUAUCGAGGGGUGUUCCAAUCACACAUCAAUCUCGCUUUUGGGUUGGGGUCGGCGUGUGGUGCUGCUCUCGGUGGAUGGCUUUGCGACAGUCUCGGGUGGAGAUGGGCAUUUGGCGUCCAGGUGCCCGUCAUAUGCCUGUGCUUCAUCCUAGGUGGCUUCUUUAUGCCAUCGGUUGUUGGUCCAAUGGUAGGCUGCUCCGAAGAAGGCGGCAAGUGGCUCGCGUUCAAGACCUUCGACUGGUCGGGAUCCGCCUCGCUGAUCACCGCCAUCACUUCUCUCAUCCUCGUACUGAACAUGGGAGGCAGCAUACUCUCUUGGACCUCCCCGUUGGUGCUGACAUGUCUCGGUGUCGCUAUUGCUGCAUCAUGUGUCUUUGUGCGUGUCGAAAUGAGGGCGGAGCAGCCAUUAAUGCCCCUACACCUUCUCUGCAGAGCGCCGGUGGCAAAUAUGGUCUUUGCCAAUCUGUUAGGAGGCAUUGCUUCCAACACAGUCCUGUUCAACGCGCCACUCUUCUUCAGGGUUGUCCUGCUUACGUCUGCCUCCAGCUCCGGCUUUCGACUCGCCGUCCCGAGCCUCGUCGGGUCUUUGGCGGGCGUUUCGACGGGAUAUAUCAUCACUUAUACGAGACGGCUCAAGCCAACCCUGGUCUUUGGGAGUCUCAUGUACCUUGCCGGCUCGGUGGCCAUUCUCUUCAUGACCAAGAAUACCUCGGCUACGGUGAGCAUGAUCCUCAUCACCGGAGUACCAUUAGGACAGGGAUUUGUCUUCCCGAACACCAUGAUGAGCGCCCUGGCGGUGUCUGAGCAGGCCAACCAAGCAGUGGUAACGACCACCAUUGGGCUGUGGCGGAAUCUAGGGGUGGUUUUGGGGGUUGCUAUCUCGAGCCUGGUCUUCCAGAACAGCUUGCUUCCGAACUUGGAGAGGUAUGUGGCAGACGAGGACGUUAUUCGAAAAGUAAGGUCGUCGGUGCAGGAGAUUGGGUUGCUUGACCCGCAGGCACAAGGACGAGUGAUUGACGCAUAUGCUGCAUCCUUGCGGACCACUUUUGUCUGCGCCGUGGUUGCUUCAGUGCUCAUUGUGAGUCUUAUUGUGCCUAUUCACCUGCCGAGGCUGCGCAAAGGAAGACAAGUAGUGGUCAGUGGUGGAGAGUGA